CCCUCCCCUUCACACUAGCCAAGCCAAGGAUUCCUCUCUCCCUCCCUCGUUCUUUUUCCACCCCUCCCGCCUUCAGUGCAAACCCAAGACGCAGGAUCUUGCCGAGGGAAAGUGCUCCUUGAAAUCAUCACCGCAGACCCCGCUGUGAAAGUGCAGAGGAGGAGAGAGAAAAAGCCUCGGCAGCCAACCUCCUGCGGCUGAGGGCUUUGCAAGCAGGGCAAUGGCUCCAGGCUACCAGAGAUUCUCUCUCACCUUUCUCCAGGGCGUGGGGUCUGUAUUCUUCAUGCUUCAGAUCAUCUGUGUUCAGGCUGAUGGGAAAGUGUUUGCACUUGAGUCCAAGAACAACUCUCAGGGUCUGGAUUUAGCCGAAGCUGAGAAAGCUUGUGUUGACCUGAGUGCUCGCUUAGCAACUGCAGAAGAACUGAAAAGGGCUGUUCUGGACUGUUCUUUUGCUGGCUGCACCACAGGAUGGCUCGCCAGUGGCUCUGCUGGGACAAUUAUAUGCAGAAAGACGGGCAGCAAACAGCAGAGCGUGAAAGCCAUUGAUGUUAAAAUUGAAACCGAUCCCUUUGUGAAUGACCAAUAUGAUGCUUUUUGUGUAAAGGAUGAAGACAAGCCCUGUGGGGACCCGCCGUCCUUCCCCCACACCAUCCUGCACGGCCACACUGGCUUUGAGAUGGGAGACGAGCUGCUGUACGUCUGUGCCCAGGGGUACGUCAUGGGCAGCAAGGAGACGGCGUUCACGCUGCUCUGCGACAGCUGCGGCGAGUGGUACGGGCAGGUCCAGGCCUGUGUCAAAGAUGAAACCGAGGCACACAUUGACUAUGAAGAUAACUUUCCCGAUGACAGAUCAAUACCUAUUGUCGAGAAUGACCACAGCAAUGGCAAAGAGGAAAUCGAGCAGGAGCAACUACAGCUUUCCUUCAGUAGAAGUUCAGAGGAAGGAAGAACUGGAAGUACCAAAGGGGUUACUCAACACACAGACAUUUCUGAAAAAGGAAGCAGGGCACCUACUGAGUCCCCUGUGUCACUCUUAAGCCAAAAAAACUUGUUUUGGUUUCCAUCAGAAACUUUCAGUGAGUCUAAAUCAGAGAAAGAGACAGAUGAUUCCACUAAAGCACAGUUUUCUGAAGGUGAUAACCACAUUGGAGUGAAGACAGCCUAUGAUGAACGUGGUGCCAAAAUGUUUUAUGACAGUGAGGAUUUCCCCAUUGGACCUAUUCUCACAACUAAUGAUACAAAGACAGCAAUGGAUGCAGUUGCCAUCACCGACGAGUCAUGGUUAGAUGGAUAUCCAGUAACACAAGAGGUGGUAGAGGAUGAUGAAGAGGAGGGGGAUAAAGUUGAUGGUUCAAUGGGAACAGAAGAUGACACUGUUCUUACAACCGACCAACCAAAUCAUGUGGAAGUCAGAAAAUCAGGAAAUGGCAGCCCAGCUCCAGAGGAAGGUCUAACACAGAUUGUGGCAGCAACAACAGGGACAGAUGAUGAAGGGGCUAAAGAGACACUGGUACCACUUACAUCAGUGAGUGGUCUGGAGAGCUUUACUGUGAGCAGGGGUUAUGAUGAUGCCGCAUGGGAACAUCCGGCUACAUCUCUGGAAACCAUGACUCAGGAGCCCAGUACAACGACACUAUUUGACAUAACCAGCUUAAAAACAUCCAUGUCAGAAACCUCUGUGACAGUCAGCCCCUCUGAUCACACUCCAUACAUAGAACCAAGAGACACAACCACCUACCCAGAACAAGUAGCAACCACUGCACCAGUUCCAGACAUCAUUACUGACACAGCAUCCCAGGAAUUAGCUGAGCAAGAAAAUCUCACCCAGGGCCUUGAAGAAAAGCCCAUCCCCACUUCUGAGCCAUGUGAGGGAGAGGAUUGUCCCAAGUCCAGUAAAGGAGCUAUCAUAGCAGUGAUAGUGAUUCUUCUCUGCUUGUUACUGGUUGCAGCUGUGCUGGCAGUGUGGUUUUUCAAAAAACGGCAGCAGAAAAAUUCUGUCUAUAAACUAAAUGGAAGGUGUCAGCCCAGACAUCACUGUUACCACCACUAUCACCACCAGCACAUCGAAAUGCAGAAAGUCUAACCAGAGGCCUUUCGGCAGAGAUCAGAAGAAAAAACCUAUUGAUGCUAGAAGGAUCGCAUGACUCAUGGAUGCUAAAAUCCAGCAGUGCAGAAAGCAGAAGAAAAAAAGAAUGCUAAAAGAACAUAGAAGACAGAAAAGGUUUCAUCCUUUUGAAAUUGCAGUUUAGCAUAUUCGACUUUUCAGAGCUAAAGAAUCUGUACAUUUUUAUCACAAGGGUCUUUUGGAGACACCAGCAGGACACAGCGUGCUCAGUAGUACAUCUUCAAUUUGUUCCGCUUUUACAUUUUGCUCCUAUUAAUAAUAAAUUAAUUGAUUAAUUUCUGUGUUACCUGGUUAUAAUGUAAUGGUAGGGCUGGUCAGGCCUCUUUGGACUGUUCUCCGUGGAAGAGGAAAAGAAGGAGGGAGGAAUAGAAGAAGGAUGUUUUUGGAGCAACCACAUAUUUGGUGUUUGUUCCUUUUUUAGACCCUGCCCAAGCUGGUCAGGAUAAACCAUCAUAACAAAUUAUUACCUGAUGUGUCUUAAAAAGAAAAACUAUUUGCUACCAGACUUUAAUGGAUAGUAUUGCAAUGAUUACUAAGGUAAUUUUCUUCAACGUUGUGAAUUUAACAAGCCACAAAUGUUGGAUCAUUAUGCUACUUUUCUGGAAGGUGUUCUUUUAGCCUUAGUGAAUGUCAUUCUUAUAACUAAUCUUCCUGUAGAAAUUAUGAUGUUUCCCUGGACUUCAGAGAAUACUGUAAGUGCCAUUCUUCCUUCAGUAUCAGCAGGAGAGGAGUCAGAGCACCUUUGAAUCCAUGUGUUAUGAUGAAUAGCCUCGUUUUACAGAGCCAAACACUGAUGAAGCACUUUCCAGGGGAACCCUAUAUAAAGUCGGCUGCUUUCUGAACACAAUGUUAACUGACCAAGAUACUGAAUUUUAGUUCACAGCCAGUAGUACCUCUGGCAACUGAAGCCAUGUGUAAUACUUUUGCCAUGUGAACUCUGUGGAAGGACUGAUUUUUCACCAUUCUGCUCUUGCAUUGGCUGGAGGGGUGGAUGCUGGCUGUGGGAGAUGGGCAGCCCCUUUGCAUGCUGCUUAUUGUGGUUUUAAAGAUAAAGCAGACCUGGGAAAGAAAGAAAUUGCGUCUGGUUGAUAAAAUGCACUCAACUUCUAGACUGGGUGUUGGUGUAAAAGCACUGAGGCUUUUCCAACAGCAUGUUCCAUUUCCAACAGUUCUGAAAAUACACAGGAAGAGAGGGGAACAUGUUUUCUAGAAUCCCUUAGCAUAGUUUGUGUGAGUUUAGUAUGAGGUCUUCCUUACAUUUCUGAAUGAACAAGAGGAAGUCUGGCAACUGUGAAUAAUCUGCAGGUCAGAAAUAAAUUCAUCUGCCAUUCAGCCUUAGUCAAAGAGUAAGAAAAGGUGCCUGGGUGGAGUUCAUGUCAUGCUCUGGCUUGAGUCACAGUGGUAAUCACCUGUAACUCCAUGGAAGGUAGGCUUUAUGAAAUGGAGUGCAGAAUUGGGCUCAUCUUAUUUGCAGCCGUCAGUCUCAGGGCUGGUAAGCGAAACAAAGCAUUUUUAGACAAUGGCUAUGUGUUAUCUUGGAGAGUUUGACCUCAGAGUGGUAAGAGUUGAAUCUUGUUGCCUGGCAAGAGUCGCAGUAAAUAAAAAAGGACAGAAACUGUACAGAUUUGUAAAUACAACUCUGACAUACGCAUGACUUUAUGCUUUUAAUGCAUUCUACACUAUGAAAUAACCUAGAAUUUCUGUUGUAAACUAUUUUUUUUAAUGCAAUUAAAAAAGAAAAAAACCAACAAUGGAUUUCACACUAAGCAACUUUAUGGAGGCUGUUAACCCAACUUAAACAUACCAUCUGUAAUCCCAUGGAAAUAUGCUGAAAAAUAAACAUGGGAACGUCCAUUAAAAAUACUGCUUAACUGAAAGUUGCAAGUAGGUGUUACAGUUCUGUGUAGCAUCACUCAAAAAGAAAAGUCAAAACUAUUUGGCCCAGGAACUGAACGUGUAAAAAUGAGACUCAAAAUAUAAUUACGAACACAAAUUGUAGAAGGAUCUUAUUUGAGACUCAGAAACACUUGUUAUUCAUGAACCAGAAGAAAGUGUACAUUAACAUAAUGCUUCAGAGGUAUUUAAAUAAAACUCAAGUUACAAAAACACCAGGAAA